ACCCAGCCCGGCCGCAGGGGGCGCCCUACCUGCUCAGCGCGGAGGAUUGUGGGUCGGAGGAGGCAGCAGCGGGGCAUCUUCAUCAUCACUGCGGAGCGGACCGGGACGUGAGCUGGCAGCUGCUUUUCCGCACUGAAGUGCCUUACCGUCGGAGCCAGAGAUGGGACACGGAGACCUCAUGAGCCAGGCGGAGGAUGUGGCGGACCAGUUCCUGCGGGUGACCAAACACUACCUCCCCCACGUGGCCCGCCUCUGCCUGGUCAGCACCUUCCUCGAGGACGGCACCAGGAUGUGGCUGCAGUGGAGCGAGCAGAGCGAGUACAUCGACUCCACCUGGAGCUGUGGCCUCUUCAUCGCCAACCUCUUCGUCCUCAUCAACCUGCUGGGACAGCUGGGCUGCUGCGUGUUGAUCCUCAGCAGGAACUUUGUUCAGCACGCCUGCGGCGCCCUGUUUGGGAUCAUCGCUCUGCAGAUGGUGGCGUACAGCAUCCUGUGGGACCUCAAGUUCCUCAUGAGGAACCUGGCGCUGGGCGGGGGCCUCCUCCUCCUCCUGGCAGAGUGCAGGGGCGAGGCGCGUAGCGUGUUCGCCGGAGUUCCUUCCCUCGGACAUCAGAGCUCGCCGAAGCACCUCCUGCAGCUGGGAGGUCGCGUCCUCCUCGUCCUCAUGUUCAUGACGCUGCUGCACUUUGACCUCAGCCUGCUCAGCGUGAGUCUCACAAACCCGCACGUGUCCGCACGUGUCCACGUAAUUAAGUCCUGGCAAGAUUUGACGGAAGUCCGAGCCGGUUCAGUGGGCGGCGGGUUGGUGGACUCGUGGCUCAGACAGAGGAGGGAGGACCUGAGGCUGGUCACAGGAAACGCCACCACGAAAAACAGCAUGAAGAUCCUCCUCCUCAUCAUCAGGCAGCAGCAGACAGCUCAGCGCUACAACGACCCAAAACACAGCGAAGUAAACAGUUAG